UUAAAAAUUUUGAUGCAAAAUAUCUAUUUAAAAUGUUGUAGAAUUUAGAGUUAUUAAAAAAUUUAACAAAUUUCAAAAUAAAAUAUAAAUAAAUAGCCAAGAAUUUAUUAUAAUAAAAAAUAAGAAAAUAGAUAAACAUUUUUUACUUAAUUUUAUUAAUUUUUCUAAUUAGAUUUGAUCAAAAAUAAUAUUUUUCAUUAAAUUUUAGUAACAAAUAAAUAUUAAGUAAAUAUGAAAUUAGGUGCUGCAAAAAAACCUCUUCCACCAAAAACAAAAGAACAAAAAGAAAAAGAUUAGCAAUAAGUAUAAAAUAGCGUCCCAAAUUAAAAUGAAGAUGUUGAGUAGCUUGUGUUGGAAAUUUAAAAAGUAUAUGGAAACAGAUUUCAAAAAGAGGAUAUAUUAAAAGAGCUAUAAGCCACUAAAUUUAAUAAGAGUGCCGCUAUAUCUAAUUUGAUGAAAUAAAAAGAAUAAAUAGAAAAAUUAGAAGAAAAACUCGCUGCUUUGAAAAUUUAAUAAGCAAGUACCUAAAAUACUUAAAAAGAAAAAUCACAGAUAGAAUAUAAUGAAAUGAAAGAAUUUUUUGGAUACAAAAAAUAAAACUAAAACGUAAUUAACAUAUCUAUCCCAAUAAAUUUACUAUAAGAAAUAGAGUAAAAUUUUUAAAAACCUAGAUUGGAGCAAUGA